GACAAGGUUCCUCAGGCUGAGGACAAGGUUCUUCACGCUCAGAAGAAGGUUCCUCACGCUGAGGACAAGGUUCUUCACGCUGAGGACAAGGUUCUUCACGCUGAGGACAAGAUUCCUCACGCUGAGGACAAGGUUCCUCACGCUGAGGACAAGGUUCUUCACGCUGAAAACAAGGUUCUUCAUGCUGAGAACAAGGUUCCUCAUGCUGAGGACAAGGUUCCUCACGCUGAUGACAAGGUUCCUCACGUUGAGGACAAGAUUCCUCACGCUGAGGACAAGGUUCCUCACGCUGAGGACAAGGUUCCUCACGAUGAGGACAAGGUUCCUAACGCUGAGGACAAGGUACGUGACGCUGAGGAAAAGUUUCCUCACGCUGAGAACAAGGUUCCUCAUGCUGAGGACAAGGUUCCGCACGCUGAGGACAAGGUUCUUGACGCGGAGGACAAGGUUCCUCAUGCUGAGGACAACGUUCCUCACGCUGAGGACAAGGUACCUCACUCCAAGGACAAGGUUCCUCACGCUGAGAACAAGGUUCCUCAUGCUGAGGACAAGGUUCCUCACGCUGAAGACAAGGUUCCUCACGCUGAGGACAAGGUUCUUCACGCUGAUGACUAGGUCCUUCACGGUGAGGACAAGGUUCCCGAGACAAGGUUCCUCACGAGGACAAGGUUCCUCACGCUGAGGACAAGUUCUUCACGCUGAGGACAAGGUUCUUCACGCUGAGGACAAGGUUCGUCACGCUGAGACAAGGUUCCCCACGCUGAGGACAAGGUUCUUGACGCGGAGGACAAGGUUCCUCAGGCCGAGGACAAGGUCGCUCACGCCGAAGACAAGGUUCCUCACGUUGAGGACAAGGUUCCUCACGGUGAGGACAAGGUUCGUCACGGUGAGGACAGGGUUCCUCACGCUGAGAACAAGGUACCUCACGCUGAGGACAAGGUUCCUAAGGUUCCUGAGGACAAGGUUCCUCAUGCUGAGGACAAGGUUCCUCACGCUGAGGACUAGAUUCCUCACGCUGAGGACAAGGUUCCUCACGCUGAGGACAAGGUUCCUAACGCUGAGGACAAGGUACCUCACGCUGAGGAAAAGUAUCCUCACGGUGAGAACAAGGUUCCUCAUGCUGAGGACAAGGUUCCUCACGCUGAGGACAAGGUUCCUCACGCUGAGGACAAGGUUCCUCACGCUGAGGACAAGGUUCCUUACGCUGAGGACAUGUUCCUCACGCUGAGGACAAGGUUCUUCACGCUGAGGACGAGGUUCCUCACGCUGAGGACAAGGUUCCUCACGCUGAGGGCAAGGUUCUUCACGCUGAGAACAAGGUAGGUAGGUAGGUAGGUAGGUAGGUAAUACUUUAUUUAAAAUUAACAGAAAGAAGAACACGCUAGCCCCAUCAUCUCUAGGCUGGUUUCCAUGGGGGGCGUGUUUAGAUCUUAGAAAUCAUUAAAAGGAAAAUUUAAACUAAAUAUUAGUACACACAUACUGUACACGUUACUAUAUACAAAUAAUUAGGAAGCAUGUCGCUGUCCAACAAUUGAUUUAAACGAAUGAGGCGACUCGGCCAAUUUUGCUUCGUUUGGGAGUUGAUUCCAGAGCAUAGCGCCGUUAUAUUUAAAACUUUUUUUAAGAAAUUCUCGUUUCGGUUUAGGAAUUGUUAGAUCAGUUGCUGUGUUUCGAAGAUGAUAAUUAGUUUGAUCUAUUUCUCUUCUCACGAAUGACCCCCGGAGACCUGGCGCAGUGUGGUCGUUAAGUAUUUUAUACAUUAAUACUGACUUGGCACCAGAGCGCCUAUUUUCAAGUGUAUCCCAAGAAAGCAUGUUGAGAAGAUCAGUUGAGCGAGUAUCAUAAUUAGCACCCGUUAGGACUCUUGCUGCACGAGACUGAAAUCUUUGCAACUUGUCUCUUAGCAACUUACCACAAGUGCCCCAAAGGGGGGAACAAUAAUGAAAGUAGGGUUGCACAAGACUUUUAUAAAUCGAUUCUAAGGUAUGCAUUGGAACAAAGGGCUUUAUACGUUUCAUAGCGCCAAUAGCAGCGCUCGCCUUCUUGCAUAUCAUUUCAAUGUGACUAUCCCAAUUAAGGGUUUCACCUAGUUUUAGUCCUAUUUUCUUUAAGCCAGUUACAGACAUGGGCAAGAUCUGAAUUUAAAUUUACAACAAGUUCAUUUGCAUCGUAGGAAGAUGAAAAGAUUUGAGUAUCAUCCGCGUACAUGCAUGAAUUAGUUGAUUUCAAACAAUCGGGCAAAUCACUAAUAUAUAAUAGGAACAACAGUGGUCCCAGUAUAGAUCCCUGGGGCACUCCACAGGUGAUAAUUUUAUUACUAGAUAAUUCUCCAUUAACAUUACAUUGCUGUUCUCUAUUUGUUAAAUAUGACUCAAACCAUUUUAAUUCUACGCCAAAAAUUCUUUUUGAUAUCUAUGAACACAACCCCAUUUAACUUUCCAUUGUCCAUAUUUUCUAGCCACUCAUCACACAUUUGGAUGAGGGCAGUUACAGUUGAAUGCUUUGGACGAAAUCCAGAUUGAAACUUUGACAAAAGAGAGCUUUCAGACAAGUAUCUAUAUACUUGACGGAAAACUUCCUUCUCAAAGGCUUUACUCACCACCGGUAAAAUUGAAAUAGGCCGAUAGUUCUCACAUUGUCUUUUAUCCCCAGAUUUAAAUAUUGGCAUAACACGAGCACGCUUCCAUUCAUCUAUAUAUACGCCUGUUGCAGCGACAGAUUGAAGAUGAAUGUCAACGAGGGUGCAAUUAUGUUUGCAGAUAAUUUUAGAAUUUUAGCAGGAAUUUUAUCAAGACCUGUUGCUUUACAUGCUUUUAUUAUUAUAUUGAUUAAUUACAUGCCAAGGCAUUCUGGCUAAAUCCCCAAUAAAAUAUUCAGCAUUAAAAUGUUUAUAAUCCUUAACUUCUUUCACAUUAGGUUUAAGUUUUGGAAGGGUGAACUUCCUGACCACAUAAAUCAAACUCUGGUCAGACAUCCCCAGAUCUAUUACACCAGACAAUCAAUCAAGGUCGCCGAGGUGUUGGUCUCUCUUGUAGGUUUAUUAAUUAAUUGGUCAAGUUGAUAAAGAGAACACAAAAAGUUUAAUUGUCGUGUAUGGGCAUCUGGUGAGGUUUUCAUAACAUCGCAGUUAAUAUUACCAAUUAUAAUCAAUUCCUUAUUUUCAGACUCGCAUUUUUGAAAAAAUACAUCACAAUCAUUAAAUAAGCUCAAGUUUGACUUCGGAGGCCUAUACCAUGUGCAGACAAAAAGCGACUUGCUAAAGGGGCGAGUAAUUUCAGCACACAGCAUCUCAAGACGAUCGGGCACCAAGUCAUUCCUAUCCAAAUAGGAUAGGUUCCUCAUGCUGAGGACAAGGUUCCUCACGCUGAGGAGAAGGUUCCUCACGCUGAGGAGAAGUUUCCUCACGCUGAGGACAAGGUUCCUCACGCUGAGAACAAGGCUCCUCACGCUGAGGACAAGGUUCCUCACGCUGAGAACAACGUUCGUCACGCUCAGGACAAGGUUCCUCAGACUGAGGACAAGGUUCUUCACGCUGAGGACAAGGUUCCUCACGCUGAGGACAAGGUUCUUCACGCUGAGGACAAGGUUCUUCACGCUGAGAACAAGAUUCCUCACGCUGAGGACAAGGUUCCUCACGCUGAGGACAAGGUUCCUCACGCUGAGAACAACGUUCCUCACGCUCAGGACAAGGUUCCUCAGGCUGAGGACAAGGUUCUUCACGCUGAGGACAAGGUUCCUCACGCUGAGGACAAGGUUCUUCACGCUGAGGACAAGGUUCUUCACGCUGAGAACAAGAUUCCUCACGCUGAGGACAAGGUUCCUCAGCUGAGGACAAGGUUCUCACGCUGA